AUGAAUAACCGUGGUCAAGGAAUAAAGAAUUUUUCAACUGCUAACAGAGAUCAAAUGACGGCUGACAGGGCAAAUGUUGAAGAUGGACGAUAUUUCGCCUGUUCUAAUCUCGAUAAUCAACUCACCUCUGACUAUUCGCGCAUUGCAAACUACACUGCUCAAAGACCCGAGUUUUAUAACUCCAAAAAGGGCAAGAAAAAUCAGAGACUCAUAUAUGUAGCAGCUGCGUGUGGAGCCAGUUUUCUUCGAUUUUCACGUCGAAGCACCAUGCACGGUUUAAAUCAUCUAUCUCAAGCCAGAACAGCUCAAAGACGUCUUUUUUGGCUCUGUAUCUCCAUUGCAGCCCUAUUUGGAUUUUUCUUUAAUAUGUUCUUCCUCGUUGAAAAGUAUGUUCAAGUCCCAGUCCUCACAAAUGUUCUCCAUGAUUCGGAUAAUUUUAUAUACCCAGAUGUAACAUUUUGUACCAUCAAUCCGAUUUACUUCCCACCUGAAGGUACCACUGAAUUUGAACGAAUGAGUUCAGCAAUCGAGAAGUUUAAAGAAUUUAAGAGGAGUAAUCACCCUCAUGUACAUCGGCUAGAAUUAGCAGAUUACCUUUUUGUUGAAAGGAAUACUUACUAUGUUCAUCCGAAAUGGCUUACCAUUGUUGAGUGCCAAUAUAUGCAGACCCCGUGCUCGUACAAGCAUUUUGAUGAAAAAAUUCUUUGGCCUUAUGGUGCUUGUUACACCUUCAAUGCUACAAAAAUGUUAAACAAUAUGACUCGUGAGAUUAUAACGCGAAAUCGAUUCAAUCGAUUUCGACCUGAUUUUAAGAUAAUUGUGUACAAAGCUCUAGAUAUGCCGGAGAAAUUCCGCAUGGAUCCACAUGGAAGCGUUAAUGUGCCUUCUGGAGUUCUCCUAAUGAUACAUGAACCUGGAACUUAUCCCCAUAUUGGUCAUAGCAGUAUUGUAGAUGAGUGUACGCAGAUUGAACUAAGAAUGACAUAUGUGAAACAUUUAGCAAAGCUUGGUAAAUGUGUCCCUGAAAGGGAAUAUAUUUCUUAUGUCAAUACGGCUACGAACAAAUCCCAAAUCUUCCUCUCAUCUCAACCCGAUUGUCUUGACGCCGCUGUCCAAACAGCUUUAGCAGAAAAUUGCGGAUGUCAAAUGCAUACUAUGCCAGUGAUGUAUAAAUAUCACCAUUUACCAUUCUGUUUCUCCGAUGCUCUCAAUUUCACUUUUAUAGAGAACUGCUUUAGUAACGUCGCAAACACAGUUGACAGAAAACACUGUUUCCGGGACGUCUGUGAGCAUUUCACAAUCGAUCGUGUUGUGGCCCAUGCAAAAUUUCCAGCCAUUGAAGAGAGGCAUACGUAUUACAAUUGGCUUCAUUUAUUAGCUCGAUUGGAAGAAAGGGAGGAAGCGCAGUAUAAAGGGAAAUCCGAUAUUGCUAAACUUGCCUUAAAUGCUGAUUUUACCGUAAAUCCUAAUUUGACUAUUAAAGAAGUUCUCGUCUCUGGAAAUACAUCUCUUCUGAAUCUUGAUUUUGUAAAUAGAAAUUUCAUGAUGCUCCGAAUAGUUCCAGCGAGUCUAUUUAUGGAUCGUGUGGAAGAAACAGAGGAGUAUCCUUUCAGUCGACUUUUAAGCGAUAUUGGUGGUUGCGUAGGCUUAUGGAUUGGAGCAAGUCUUAUCACUCUUUUUGAAUUCGCUGACUUAAUCUUGGAUUGCGUGGACCUAGGCAAUAUUGGCUUUCCAAAUGUUGAUGAGCUUCCUGCACAUGACUAUCCGAAGUCCAGGCCAAAAUUUAUUAAUUCUAAUGAGAAAGGGCUUUCUGUAUGUGAGAAGAGCAAUCUUUUACAAUCAAACCAAACACUGCCGACGUUACCUCAAACAGCUACCAACGAAGAGCUUCUCAUACAUCAGUCGAAAGAUCAGACUGUAAUUGGAAACGAUCAAAGCCAUCCGGAGAUUGGAAAUAACGUGACGUCGGUUAAAAUGAUCCCCCUUUUCUACCUCCCAAAUCAUCAAUUUCAGGAGCAAAAACAGAAUAGUCCUUGCAUGAAAAUGUCAAACCCAGUGUAA